GAGAUUGAAGGCCCAAAAAUUGUGGGAAAAGCACAACAUUAUCGACUGCUUAAAUUUAUGUUGAAUAAUAAUAGUCAACAUCGGCUACAAGUUGUAGCUUGGAAUAACGAAGUUGAACGAAUACAAUGUUUCAUACAACCAAAUAAGAUUAUACAUAUAGAUGGUGCAAAAGCCAAAAAACCGAAAAUUACAGAUUUUAAUCAUGGUACAUUACCGUACGAAUUGAUCGUAUGUUCUAAUACGAUUAUUAAUAUUCUUGGCACAUUUGAUAUAAAGUUAAACAUAAAUGCAGUACAACCUCAAAAAGUUACUUUAACAAAAAUACCAGAAUAUCUAAAUUCAUAUAUUGGUAAGUAUCAAUAA